UAUACUGUCACCAAAAACACAAAAAGGUAUUCAACAAUUGUGAUAUUGUCAGUAAAAAUAUUUUAGAUAUGGCUCUAAAAUUCAUAGUCUUUGCCAUUGCUAUGGUGGCUUUAGCAUCUUCAUUUUCCCAUGCAUCUGAUCCCAGCUCUUUGCAAGACUUUUGUGUUGCAGUUAAUGAUUCUAAUGCAGCCGUGUUUGUGAAUGGGAAAAUAUGCAAAAAUCCAAUGCAAGUUGUAGCUAAUGAUUUCCUCUUUAGAGGUUUAAACAUGCCUGGAAACACAUUAAAUCCACUUGGAUCAAAGGUCUCACCUGUGAAUGUCAACAACCUACCAGGACUUAACACACUCGGUAUCUCACUAGUCCGUAUCGACUUUGCACCAAAUGGCCUCAACCCACCUCACACACAUCCUCGAGCAACUGAGGUUUUAUUUCUUUUAGAAGGCACUCUCUAUGUGGGAUUUGUCUUGUCAAAUCCUCCCCCGGGCAUGAAGAACCCUCUCUUCACCAAAACAUUGGUGGCAGGUGAUGUUUUUGUGUUCCCACAAGGCCUCAUUCAUUUCCAAUUCAAUGUUGGAAAGACCAAUGCAGUUGCUUUUGCUGGACUGAGUAGCCAAAAUCCUGGAGUCAUCACUAUUGCAAAUGCUGUUUUCGGUUCAAACCCACCCAUCAAUCCUCAAGUUCUCACUAAAGCUUUCCAAGUUGGGCAAAAUGUGAUUAACUAUCUCCAAGCUCAAUUUUGGUAUAAUAACUAGGCCUGGGAUGAAAACUAAUUAAUGAUUUUUCUUUCUGCAAGAUUGUAUUUAAUUUAGAUUUGAAAAAAAAAAAAAAAAAAGAGAGAGAGAAAAAGCCCUAUGCCCCUAUGUGGCAUUUGUUUGUUAUGGUUGAAGUUGCAUUUUAUCUACUAAGUAUAUGUUUUGUACGUCUUGAGUGUUUUUGAAUAACAUAAUGAAUUUGUUACCUUC